CCCCCUGGAAACGCUGAGUUCUUCCGGAAAGUCAACUCUAGCUUCAAACACUAAUGUCUUAUGCUCCCAGUGUUUAAAAUGCUUGGCUAAGAUUGUCAAAUACUUUCCGAUAAUGUUGGUGGUUAUUAAGUAAUCAUCGUUUGCGUUGAUUUAAAACUAAGUUCGGGCUGCGGAUGGUGGCUAGUUUGCGAUUAGCUCGUCGCUAAAGAGGGUGGGCUUUUAACCGGGGCAGAUUAGAAAGUCGUCGCGUCCCAUGGCUGCUUUGGGGUUUAUCCCCGCCAGCGAGCAAGAUGCGUUUCGUUUCAGAUCGGAACAAACCUCCUCUGAAAAAAGCCCAAAGCUGAGCGGGGAGGAAGUCAGGAGGUUCUACGAAGACCUGGUGAAAGAGAAAAAAACGCGAGAGGACCAGUCAAGCGGGGCGACGGACAAGCGCGACCCUCACGGCGGGUUUUACAGAAGACCGAGGCGGAGAGUCCGGCGGCAGCACGCCGAGGCUGCGGUCCGAAGAGAGACGAGGGACGAACGAGAAGGCGACCAGAGACGGGAGGCGAGCAGCUCGGAGAGAAGUCAAGAGCUGCGGGGACUGCGGCUGCUGCGCUGCGCCCAUCAGGGAGACAUCCCAGGGCUCAAGGAGCUGAUUUCAAAGGGAGUGGACAUAAACUUUCAGGACUCGUACCUGUGGACAGCUGUGAUGUGUGCCAGCUGGUCCGGGCAGCCAGCCGCCGUCAGGCUGCUGCUGAGCCGCGGUGCAGCCUGGGUAGGAGUGGUCGACACGAGGGGCAGGGAUGCCCAAGACCUGGCGGUAGAAGCAGGACAUAAUGACGUCCUCCAUGAGUUGUUAAACUAUGGCAGAAGUCCACAGAGAGAGGCACCAACUAAAAGCAGCUUGCCCCAGCCUCAAUGGUGCGACGUGUGCCGCUGUGAGUACAGAAGCAGCCGCUCGUCCCAUCUUUCCUCUACUCUGCACCAGUUCAGCGUGAGCCAUCCUCAGCCAUCGCCUUACUACUGCCUCCCCCCAUCCAGCAACAGCUACAAGAUGAUGGUCCGCAGCGGCUGGAAACCAGGGACGGGCCUGGGGCCGGAGGCAGACGGCCCCAAACAGCCGGUGCCAACGGUGCUGAAGAGAGACCUGAAAGGGCUGGGAUUUGGACUGAUGAAAAGAGCCAAAGUCACUCACUUCCAAGCCGGGGAUCGCGAUGCCGUAAAACACCAACGGCAAGACAAGGAGAAGGGGCCGAAAGGGCAGAAGAAGGACGAGAUCAGGAGGAAAGAGCAGGAAGAUAAAAGCUGGGAAAGAGAUUUCCGUGCCUCGUUUUAUUAGUAGCGCAGGACCACGCUGUUCUGCUUGUGCUUCUGUUGGGACUCGUCUGAAUGUGUUUGUGAAGAAGGCCGCAGCAGUUUCUAUCGCUCUUUGACUUCACCUCAGAGUUGGCACGCUUAUGUUUGGAUGAACUUUGCCUGUGAUUAUAGGUUGUGCAAUCGUGCAUCAACGGUGCCAAAUGUUUUAUUCCCAUGGAACUCAUGUUUGCUCUCAGGUGGUUGCUGUUGACUUACUAAAACUGCCUCAAAAAGCAACAAUCGCUUGCUGUUAUUUAUUUAAUAAAAUGUCUAAGAAUAUUCUUAAGAAAAA